AUGAAAUCCGUAUCACCUACCUCACCCUCCCAACCCGUCAGCCCCGGGCGGGCAAAGCACCUCGAACGAAACCGAAUCGCCGCCAACAAAUGCCGUGAAAGAAAGAAGCGAGAACACAAGCAAAUCGAACGUCGUCUCACGGACGAAACCGAAAAGAAAGACAUCCUCCUAGCCCAAUUGAACUGUCUCCGCGAAGAAGUGUGGAAUUUGAAAAACCUCAUCUUCCAACACGCCGAUUGCCAAGACCACCAAAUCAACCACCAACUCGCCAGGAUGACCCAGACCAUCCUACAAAGUCCUCCCAACCAGAAUUCGACUUCCAGCAUGCCAACCGGUUCAUCGCCUACAUUUUCAACUGGGACCUAUUCCGAUGGCUCGGUCGCAGAUGAUGCGGGUGUCAAUCCUAUCGGGCCGGGCGCAUACAACGACGAUUGGACGGUAUUGCCUGCCAUUGCGAACGAUUUCUCCCCUUACGAGUCGCAUGGUUUUGUUGCCGAUUCCUUGUUUGAAAACUUCAUCAAUGCCGACAAUGGGUAUAAUUAA